GCUAAAUUAAAAAUUAAAUAAAAAAAGAAGUUAAAUAGACUCUAAAAUAUCAUAAGAGUAAAUACAAUUGAAUUAAGAUUGUUCUUCAAUCAUGUCAUCUUCAUCUUCAAUAGUUCUAAUCCAAAUUCCAAAAACAAUGGAUUCUGUUGUAACGCAAAAGAUACUUUUCAAACCUCUGAAUCUAAAUUUUCCCAUCAGAAGCGGCAUCCAACAGCAGCUGAACCACCGCGUUCUCUACCACAACUCUGUUAUGCCAUUGCGGUGCUCAGCCUCAACUCCUCCUCCUCCUUCUGAUGAUGCUAUUGUUCUCAAUGUUCGGGGAAUGAUGUGUGAGGGAUGUGCUUCUAGCGUCAAGAAAAUUCUAGAAACUCAACCACAAGUGUUAUCUGCUACUGUGAAUCUAACAUCAGAGACAGCACUAGUUUCCCUUUCCCCUUUGUUAUCCGAAGAUAAAACUUCACCAAAUUGGCAAAAGGAGUUAGGAGAAACACUUGCACACCAUUUAACUACAUGUGGUUUUACUUCUGCCCUUAGAGAUCAGGAAGAUAGAGACUAAAGGAGAUUAGCUUCCAUGUUGGAGUGAAUGGUAUAUCUUCAUUUACCAAAUUUGAAAGGUUUUAUGAUAUAACAAAACCCUUUAAACGACUGAACUGUUUUUCAAAUAGGUGAUUCUCUGAGGCCACUUGUGUUGAGUAUUGGAGAGCCAUGUCUAUGUUUGGAUGGAUUUGUAUGCUGUAGAAUUUACUGAUGUUCAAUCUUAAAUUAGUAUUAAUCUUAGUUAUCAAGAAAUCUGUGGACUACCUUCAGGGGGUAGUGUUCUGCAUAACAUCUGUGGACUUGUUUAUGUGAAGUUGGUCGGAUUUUGUGUGUAUAAUACAUACGACUUCUUUUGGGCCAAA